AUGAGAGCGACAGCAUGGCUCGCGCAAAGCAAGGCUAUUGCUAACAUGGCGCUGUCGCAAAGAUCUAUCCAAGCGCUGGGCCGGCUGCGCAAUUACAAACCUCCAGCGACACAGUGGCACAACUGUCCACUUGGUCGACGCGCUGCAGUCCUGAUACUACUGUUCCCGGACAGGCGCGGCGAGCUCAAGGUUGUUCUCACGGUGCGGAGCGCGGAACUGAGGAGCUAUUCCGGGCAGGUAGCGCUUCCUGGAGGUAAAGCAGAUACACUGGAGGAAUCACCUUGGGACAUUGCCCGCCGCGAAGCUUCCGAAGAGAUUGGCCUCCCACUGGAUGACGCAAAACUUGGGGGCUUCAGUGUAGAGCAUCUAUGCGAGCUCCCUACCAACCUGGCCAAGACGGAGUUGGGCGUCCGGCCCUGUGUUGCGUUUCUGGGCCCAGCUUCGUCCGAAGUGGGCAAUGCAUCUGUUGAGGAGAGAUUAAUACCUCGCCUGGACCCGAAGGAAGUAGCUGCUGUGUUUACGGCGCCGUUCCACAAUUUCUUGCGUACAGAGUGGGAAGGUGAUGGGCCGGCGCCUGUGCAAAAAGACGGACGACCAGAGAAGUGGUAUAGGGGCUCUUGGACAGACUGGCACGAAUCACGGUGGCGAAUGCAUAACUUCUACAUGCCGAGGACACCCUCUUCGCCGCCACUGGUGCGCAAGCCGUCUCGCACAAGGCCGUCGCCUUUGUCCGAGGGAGCGGCGCCUUCUGGGGAGGAUGGCGGGGCGAAACAAAGUGCAAUAGACAGUCUCACUACAUUCCGAGUAUUUGGAAUGACGGCUAGAAUACUGGUUGACGCAGCACGGGUGGCCUAUGGCGAGGAGCCCGAGUUUGAGCAUAACAGUCAUCACGGCGACGAGGAUAUGAUGGGGAGGCUACUAAAAAUGGGCAGACUGAGCGAGGUUGGGGUCAAAGGCGAGGUAUUGAGUAAAGAGGUGCUUAGACAAGCGAGUAAGAUGUGAGACGUCUGCAAUAUACGAACCGUCAGGCCUUUUUGCACGACAGCUUACCGCGGUGGCUUCGAGUAGAAUGAGGGCUGUUGCUGGGAGGGCCGAGCUGCGACGAAUGGGCCUGGGCGUCGGUGUUUGCGAAUGCGUUUGGGGCAUGCAGGCGGUGAUAUAUUGAGCUUGGGCAGGUGUGCGUAGAUAGACUGGGCCCUUGAUAGCGAGACUGGGUCCUGGGUAGGGCGGCGGCGGCAGCGGUUGUCUAACGUACCGAGCCCGCCGGCGGAUGACGGGGACGGGGCGCCAGUGGGAAUGUCACCUUCUCGAUUGGCAUGCUGUGUGUCGACGGUGGGCGGUGGCCAGGGAGCAGGCUGAAACAAAGCAGUAAUGAAGCAUAAAAAACACUCUCGGGGCUUGGGGCGCUAGAGUAAGCCGAGAGCAGGAACGCGAUGUGCGUGCCAUGGCGCCGUGCGAGAGCCGC